AGUGGUGACGGCAACCUUCCGCGAGGGAUGACGGAGGGGCAGGGGCUCCACGCGUGUAGUGGGGCAACAUUCCGCCGAGGCUGCAAUUCGAGGAAGCAACGGCGAAGCUUCAUAAACAGCGCAAGGACAUAUGGCAAGCCACGGUAUAUCGCGCGGGUCUGGCCCGGUCGUCCGCUCAGAAGCAGCGCGACAGAAGGAGCUGCAACAGAUCACAGACUACAAAGAUUUGGUGGAUCUGGUGAACACAAAGAUUGCCGAGAAGCAAUACACCAUCGAAGUUCUGGGCCUAGUCACGAAACUCUUGAACGAGAAUCCCGAAUACUACACAAUAUGGAAUCACCGAAGACGCGUCUUGAUGGCUCUGGUGGCCGCAGACACCCGCAAACAAUCGCCAGACGAACUCCUACAGGGCGACCUGCAGCUCACGUUUGCGCUAUUGCGGAAGUUCCCCAAGUGCUAUUGGAUCUGGAACCACAGAAACUGGCUGUUGCGCGAAGGCGAAGCGCUAAUGGGCGCGGAAGCAGCACGUAAGCUGUGGUCAGGAGAACUACAACUCAUAAACAAGAUGCUGCACGCAGACAGUCGCAACUUCCAUGCUUGGGGCUACAGACGAUUUGUGGUGUCGCAGAUUGAGCGUCUGACUGCGACCGAAGACGUUCCCGCAUCAGGGACAGCACAGAAGAGCCUCUCAGAAUCUGAAUUCGAGUACACGACCAAGAUGAUCAAAACCAAUCUCUCCAACUUCUCCGCUUGGCACAACCGUAGCCAGCUUAUACCCAAGAUCCUCCGCGAGCGCAACGCAGACGCCGAAGCGCGCCGUGUAUCCCUCGGCUCAGAACUAGCCUUGAUAUGCGAAGCCAUAAACACCGAUCCCUUCGACCAGUCCAUUUGGUUUUAUCACCAAUACCUCCUCUCAAUACUGUCUCCGUCAUGUCCACCGGAUGCGCUUGUCGUCCAGGACUUGACCAACGGCGAGCGGCAAAAGUACUACGAGCACGAGAUGGAGUACAUCAGGGAGAUAUUGGAGGACGAGGCGGAUUGCAAGUGGAUAUACGAGGCGUUGCUCGGGCUUGCAGAGGCGUAUCUGGAGGUAGAUGCUGGAACCGGGUCGUUUACAACGAAGGAUAUGAGGUCGUGGCUAGACGAGCUGAAGCGUCUAGAUCCGCUGCGACAGGGACGGUGGGACGAUCUCGAGCGUAGACUGAACCUCUGAAUACCAUUCAUGGAAGUCUUCAGGAUUUGCUUUUGGUAUUCUCAACACUGCCAGUUGCAUUCGCAGACGCGGUUUCUGUCUUGUUAUCCUUCUUCCAUGCCCAUAGCCCGAGCACGUUCGACCAUGAAUUGUCAGCAGGCGCAGAUGCGACAGCUUCCUCCUUCUUAGCCUGUAGUUGUGCGGAAGGUGGGGGUGCUACAGCACUCGAUGCUACGGGGACGGGGUUUGUGGUGCUCGAAGCAGCGGCAGCGGCGAGUUCCCUGAUAGGGUGUGAGUGAAGGCGACGAAAGUACCUGUGGAGUCUGCAUACCGUUUGUACUCUUCCUCCAUCCGCGCUAUUCGCUGUUUCUUGAACUCUCCAUCAAACGUAGCCACUCCAAUUGACACGCCAACAAUAGUCGCCAGCGCGACUGGAAGAAUACGUCCCGCCAUCUUGUGUGUUCGUUGCGUGAAGUGACGGCGGCUGAGUUUGGCGUGUAUGACGAAAGCACUCC